ACCGGAGGAGAGUAUUUUCUCUCCGUCGGAUAAGAUUCCGAAGAUGUCCUCGACUUUCAGCGGCGAUGAAACUGCUCCUUUCUUCGGCUUUCUCGGCGCCGCCGCCGCCCUCGUUUUCUCAUGUAAUCAAUUGCAACCGAUUGAUUGCUUUCUUAUUGUGUACAUAUCUGUUUCUGGUAGAUGUGGAUCUGGAGCUGUGACGGGUGUUUCGCAGGUAUGGGGGCUGCAUACGGGACCGCCAAGAGCGGGGUGGGCGUGGCCUCCAUGGGUGUGAUGAGACCGGGGCUGGUGAUGAAGUCGAUCGUGCCCGUUGUUAUGGCUGGUGUGCUGGGUAUUUAUGGAUUGAUUAUUGCUGUUAUCAUCAGUACGGGAAUCAAUCCCAAGGCUAAAUCUUACUACCUCUUCGAUGGUUAUGCUCAUCUCUCUUCUGGACUUGCUUGUGGCCUCGCUGGUCUUUCCGCUGGCAUGGCUAUUGGGAUCGUUGGAGAUGCUGGUGUUAGAGCCAAUGCACAGCAGCCAAAACUCUUUGUUGGGAUGAUCCUCAUUCUCAUCUUUGCUGAAGCACUGGCACUCUAUGGCUUGAUUGUAGGUAUCAUCCUUUCUUCCCGAGCUGGCCAGUCAAGAGCUGACUGAAAGAAGACCAUAACUUGCUUCGUGUUCUUUGUGAUGCUUUAAGAAUUAUUUUUUCGGUUUUCCGCCCGGUAUCCGGGCUUCGCCCCGACUAAUUCGGACUUGACCCGCGUCGUGCACCUGGAAAUGGUGGGUAAGUUUCCGAGCGAGGGCUGCUGCGUUCACAAGGUCUCGAACUCGACACCUUAUUUAAGCUGGAACAAGCCGCUUACCACUUGAUCCAACUACCCCGUUGAUCAUGCUUUAAGAAUUAUUUGAUACUCUCUUCUCUCCUCUUUUCUCAGUUACUAGUUGUACUAUUACUGUCCCCUUAUUUCUGAGGGAGUCAGUUCUUCCGCUUGAUUGGGUAAAUUUGCCAUGGCGGAUGUUGGUAGAAUGUAGAAUUCAAAAUCAGUUCUGUCAAUAAAACUCAGUGAUCUUU